GGCAGCGGGGGGAUGGCAUGGGCUUGAAGGUCCUUCCCAUCCCAAGCCAUUCUUGGACUGAAUGACAGAUCCGAUCCUGCCAUCCCGGGGCUGGAGCCACCGCGCUGCUGCUUUUCUUUCCGGUCCCCGGCACAGUUUACAAGCAGUGACUCUUUCAUCAGCGCUCAGUGUCCCUGGGCUCCAAACUGGCCGGGCAGGAGCCGCUGGGCACAAUCCCCCUCUCUGGACUGUUCUCUGAAUAUUCUCUACAGUCUGACACAGUGCUCCUGUUAAAUCUGCACUCAAAGAGCUUUUUUUCACCCCCAGCGAUGCCUCAGGUUCAAGUUGCGACUUGUCCCUCUUCUAACUUUGCAGUGAUUCAAGAUAUGGAGAGUGGAAGCAACUGGAAUGGUAGGAAUGCAGAGGAGUCCCUGAGUCUCCAGGACGGAACAGAAAAAAGGAAUAUACACAAAAUGAUCCUCGGGAAAUGUCAGGCUCUAGGCAAUUGGUUCAGAUCCCGCCGAGUGCUGACUGUGCUCCUGGUGUCGUCUGUGCUUCUGAACGUGGCUUUGGUGGUGGCUGUGCUGUCAGGAAAAAGUCAUGGAGAGAUUCCAGUUACACCUAAGGAUCCAUGCUUUGUGCCUUCUCUUGAGGCCUGGGAUCAGCACAACAGCGUCUGUUACUACCUCUUGAACGAUGAGGGGACCUGGGAGCAGGCUCAGAAUCGAUGCUCUGAGCUCGGGGCCUCCCUGGCCGUGCUCAGUGACAAGGCAAUGGACCACCUCCUCUCUCCCUCCCAGGACCAAGUCUUCCGCCUCACAGGCAACCUGGAUUACUGGCUCGGGCUGCGGAGACGGGGCGAGAGGUUUCAGUGGGUGGACGGCAGCAGCUACAACUCCUCGCUGGAGGUCCUUGGCAAUUCAGAGUGUGUGUACCUGGCGGAAAAUAAACUCAGGAGUGAGGACUGUUCAACACAGCGGGCAUAUCUCUGCAGCAAACCCCAAACUCCCUCACCUGUAAUGGAAGUGAGGGAGAAAGGACCUUCUCCAUCCUGAAGACUCACAGCUUUCCUUCUUCCACUAGCACAGGGAUGUCCUUCCACAGAUGAACAUUUGCUUUGUGACACAUCUCAGCACAACCUCAGGAACCUCGAUGCCUUUUGUCAUUGUCACCUCAGUAGCUGGUCUCAAGGAGGUGAACCUGCAGCGAGGGGAGAUGAUGUGGAAGUGGACGUGUGCCUUUGUGGACUAGGGGUUUCUUUCUCCAGAAGUCUUCCUCAUUCUCUAUUUAUAUUUACUUUAUAUUUAUACUCUAACAGUUUACACUACAUGCACUGUAUUCAAGCACUAGAGUGCCUGAAUGUGCUCGUGUAAAGUAUUUUUCCAUUGCUGAAUGCUACUUGAAUCAAUGAAUGUGAACCCAGGAUGUCCUGAUUGUGGCCCCAGCAGAGUUACUGUAUCAGUGCUGCUGCUCUGCUUCUCUCUUCUUCUCUUUUUUUACUCAUUUGUAUUAAAGUUUGUACGACCCCA